AUGAAGCAAGUACUCGAGAGCCAUGCCUGGCGUUUGCCGGCGCAGGUGACGGCGAGCUUCAUUGCAGCACCUGGAAAGCACCGCGCGGAUGAGCUCAAUGUGGAGCGGGUUAUCUCUCAGCUCCCUCCACCACUGAAAAAGCAUCUAUGGCUGAAGACGCCGAAUUUACGGCGGAAACUAGCCGGCCAGGCUCAGCAGCUCAUCGAUGCUGCCAUAGAGGAUGACCCAGAGAACAGGCAGAUGAUCAAAGCAGCUAUUCAGCAAGGUCUCGACAAUCUGAACCACGAAGCUGAUUUGCAUCCCUUCGAGUUCCGGCAGUCCCUCAAGGACCUGGAGAAGAUUGAACGACACCUCAAGGUGCACUCCAUGGAGCAUGUGCUCUAUUGUUCAUGGAACUGGCUGCCCGCAACGACCAAGCGCAGAAGCAAUUCUGUGCUGAGGGCCUUCCUGUAG